AUGGUCUACUCCAACUGCACCCUUCACAUCAAGGAGUUAACAAAAGAUGAUAGUGCAGACUAUGUGCUGGUAGAAGGAGGAGCUGGAUUUUCUAAUAUGGGAAAUGUCACCAUAAAGGUUGAAGAGAAUUUGCCAAAGCCAAAUGUGAUCGUCAAGCCAACCAAUUUCCUGAUGGAAUUUCAGCCCGUUUGGUUAUACUGCAAUACUACCAUCAUUCAAGAAGUUAGCUGGUUUAAGGACAACAUUCUUCUCGGCAAGGGCUACGAUUUCACAGAUUUCAACCGGAGCCUCCACGUUGCCUCCGUAAGCCCAGAUAACACUGGGCAAUACUGGUGCCAAGUCUCCAAUGGUAUCACUGUAGUGAAAAGUUACCCUGUAUUCCUCAGUGUGAUCUAUGGUCCAGGAGAACCUAUCAUCAGUCCAGUGGACGUCUGCAAUGAAGAACACACAAACAUCAUCCUCUCCUGUAAGGCUGAUGCAUUUCCCCAGCCUCAGUAUGCUUGGUACCGUGAUGGUGUCUGGUUGGAUGACGGGCGCAGAUUAUUCAUCCAAAACUUCUCCGAGAGUCAAGCCGGGGGCUACGUCUGCGAAGCCAUGAAUGAGCUUCUUCACCAAAAGACGAGAAGCAAUAUUCAGCACAUUCGCUUGAAGAAAAGUUGUGUGAGCGGAGUGACUAUCACUGGCCAACAAGAAGGCACAGAGGGCAAAAGCACCUUCUUGCACUGCACAGCCGAAGGUGACGAUGUUGUGUAUUCUUGGACCAAAGGAGACCAGCCCGUGAAUGAAAAUGAACGUAUCAGUUUGACACCUGAUGGCCAGACCCUCAAUUUCAACCCAUGCAAUCGAAGCGAUGCUGCUCAAUAUACGUGCCAUGCUUCCAACAGCUUCUCUUCCGGUGACAGCAAUCCCUUUGGCUUAACCAUCAUAUGUGACAUCUAG